UCAACAGUUAAUUGUUUAUAAAAUUUGAAGAUCGUUUCAGAAAGGGAUUUGGCAGAUGAUGGAGACUCAUGGAGAAUGCCAACUCUUGUGGAUUCCAGUCUGGAUGAGUAACCGUGAGGAUAUAUUAUUGCCAGUGCAAAUGGUGCUCCUGAUUUCUUGAGAAUUGGUCAGCAUUGUUGGGUUUUUGCCUGUGUUUUAUACUGGAAAUUUGUUUAAGCUCUGUAUGUUGCUUUAGGAGGUAUGAUUAUUCGCGUCGAUACUUAGUCUGUGAUUUCUAAUUGCGUAAGGUGAGAGAGGAUGGCUCCUGAUCUUCCUAGGAAAUUAGUGUUUUCGGCAAGUAGGAUGAUGAGAACCCCCUUUCAAUCUGUUAUGUUGAUUUGUGAUUCAAAAUAACUUGAUAAUUGUUCAUUUGGAUUUCAAUUCGUUUGCAUUUCAUGUGGCAUUUGGCUUUAUAUAUAUGUAAAAUGGCUGUUUAUAUAUAUGUAAAGUGGCUGGUUAAAUGUGGGUCGUUGAUCAUCAUCUAAAACCCUCCAUCCAAGGGCUGCCAGCAUUUCCCCCUUUGUUUAUAAGGCUCUGCUUUUAGCAUUCCAAUUGAUACUGUUUUGCAUACGAAAGAGAGAACAGAAGAAGAACUCGAUGAUCAAAUCGGGAGAUCAACGCAAGGCAAAUCCAAUUUCUACCCUUUGUAACUGUGAAUCACUUGUUUGUUUGUUUGUGAGAGUGAUUGGUGAGAUUAAGUGUUGGGUUGCUUGGCUAAAAUUUACUCUUUACUCUUUCUGUGUUUGUUGUCCAUCUUUUCUCGUCCCUUUUCUCAUCGCAUGAUGGCAUUUGCAUCCUAUUGAUUAUAAACAGACAUUGUUUUUGAUUCUACGAUCUCUUUUUGAGUAAGUCUUUUAGGAGAUCAAUCAUCAGAUAAUCCUUGGGAAUCUAAAACUGGAAAUAGAAGUUCUAACAAGGAUAUGCUGGAGUUGGACAUGAUGUCUAAAGGUGCAGGGGACCAAUGUCUAUCUCCAGGGAAUGCUUGGGUUCGAUGUGAUGAUUGCUUCAAGUGGAGGCGUAUUUCAGCUACUCUUGCAGAUUCCAUUGUAGAAACAAACUGCAGAUGGACCUGCAAGGACAAUAUGGAUAAAAGCUUUGCUGACUGCUCAAGACCUCAAGAGAAGUCAAAUUCUGAAAUUAAUGCUGAGUUGGAAAUAUCAGAUGCCUCUUGUGAGGAAGAUGCUAGCGAUCACCAUUGGUGUUCCAAGAGAAUGGAAGCAAAACAUUCAACAGCUCACCAACAUUCCUCUUGGAGGCUUAUCAACUCAAAUUUGUUUCUCCAUUGCAGCUGUAAAACUCAAACAAUCGAUGAGAUGUAUGUUACUCCUCCAGAUACUGAUGUUUAUGCCAUUCCUAAGGUCCUUGCGCCAAUGCCUCAGAAGUACAUUCGAUGUGCGAAGAGUGACUAUGGGUGCUAUAAUAUUAGGGAACCACCUAUUGAUGCACCUCGUGAUCCAUUAUACAAAUCCGAGAGGGAGAUAUCGAAGGUUUUUUUGACAAAACACUACAGGAACCAGAGGUUGGGUGAUCCCGAGUUUGGGCUAGAUUUUGAAGAGAUUUAUGUUAUUGAUUCAAAAACAAAGUCGAUUACCAGAGCAAAAGUUUUGGUCACAGUACCAGAAGGACGGAAUAGGGAUAGAAAGAAAGACUUGCUUGUUAUACGUGAUAAUGGCACCUCCUUCAGAAUAAUCCCCACAAGUGAAAGAGAUGAUCCAACCACCGUGAUAGAACGGGAAGAGUGGGAGAAAUCUAGAAAAGACAUGGAGAAGCACCUGAGAAAGCUAAGAGAUUUCAGUGUUUCAAACUGGUUCUAAUCAACGGUUAAUUGUUUAUAAAAUUUGAAGAUCGUUUCAGAAAGGGAUUUGGCAGAUGAUGGAGACUCAUGGAGAAUGCCAAAUCUUGUGGAUUCCAGUCUGGAUGAGUAACCGUGAGGAUAUAUUAUUGCUUCCAGUGCAAAUGGUGCUCCUGAUUUCUUGAGAAUUGGUCAGCAUUGUUGGGUUUUUGCCUGUGUUUUAUACUGGAAAUUUGUUUAAGCUCUGUAUGUUGCUUUAGGAGGUAUGAUUAUUCGCGUCGAUACUUAGUCUAUGAUUUCUAAUUGCGUAAGGUGAGAGAGGAUGGCUCCUGAUCUUCCUAGGAAAUUAGUGUUUUCGGCAAGUAGGAUGAUGAGAACCCCCUUUCAAUCCAUUAUGUUGAUUUGUGAUUCAAAAUAACUUGAUAAUUGUUCAUUUGGAUUUCAUUUCAUUUGCAUUUCAUGUGGCAUUUGGAUUUAUAUAUAUACGUAAAA